UGGUGAUGAAUUGAAAUGGGUUCGUUGUUGCUCAAGCGAUGAUCUUGUGGCCAUGGCGUCCCAAAAUGGAAUGGUCGUCUUGAGUACAUGUGAUGGUGUUCGUACACUGAGCAGAAAUACAAAAGGAGUGACUGCCAUGAGACUUAGGAAAGAGGAUAAGAUGGCGAGCAUGGACAUCAUACCUGCAUCUCUGCGGAAAGAUAUGGAAGAGAAGUCGAAAGAUAUUUCAACUGUGAAACAAACCACUGGUCCAUGGCUAUUAUUCGUCUGUGAGAAUGGCUACGGAAAGCGUGUUUCUCUGAGUAGCUUCAAGCGUUCGCGGUUGAACAGGGUUGGUUUAGUUGGAUGCAAGUUUGCGGAAGAUGAUUGUUUGGCUGCUGUUUUCGUGGUUGGUUACUCCUUAGCUGAGGAUGGAGAGAGCGAUGAGCAAGUAGUUCUGGUGAGUCAAAGCGGAACUGUGAACCGGAUCAAAGUCAGGGAUAUCUCCAUCCAGUCUCGUAGAGCGCGGGGAGUGAUUCUUAUGCGGCUAGAUCAUGCCGGAAAGAUCCAAUCUGCUUCUCUGAUCUCUGCUGCUGAUGAAGAAGAUACAGAGGAAAUUCCAAGUAAUGGAAUCGUAGAAGCCGUUAGCCUGUAAAUUUUACAAUCCCAAUUCAACCAGUUUUUGUGACCAUGAUCAGCUCAGUACAUAGCGUCUAUGUGCUUUAGUCCUCUCUUCGUCUUUUUGUUUUCCUAUGUUACUAAACAAGAAGAAAAGAAAAUCAUUAUCGAAGUUAGUUAUUAACAUCAA